AGUACCUUUUACUGUUGAUGAGUUUGUGGAAGUUGUUGUUGGUCUGAGAAAGCCAGAUCUGCCGCUGAAUAAAGCUAACUCUUCCAUGUUAAAGCAUUCUAGGUCUCCUGAAUCGUUGAGCAGUAUCAGUGAUACUGUCCCAGAUCUUACAGAAUUUGGAGUGAAUUCAAAAACAAAAUUAACAGCUAGGCGACACUGGAAGGGUGGAGAAAAUGAGGCACUCAGAAGACUACACCUUCAUUUGAAGAAGAUGGAAGAACUGGAUUUUAAAACCAAUAAACUAAGUGCUGAAGAUUUUCUUCCAAAUGACACGCAUCUCAGUCCAUAUCUAAGAUUUGGCUGUCUAUCUCCGAGGCUCUUGUAUCACUGCAUUGGAUCAAUAUUUAGAAAAAAGAAAGGCUGCGAUCCUCCAGACAUCAUCUAUCGUCCCUUGCUGUGGCGGGAGUUUUUARUUCAUAUGGCUAAUGAUAAUACUAACUUUCACAAAAUGAGGAAUAAUCCAAUGAGCUUGAAGCUACCGUGGGAGAUCGAGGAUUAUGGACUUUUCAGAUGGAAACAGGGCACUACAGGAUUCCCCUGGAUCGACGCYAUCAUGCGACAGCUUAAUCAGGAAGGAUGGAUCCACARYGUGGCUCGMGAGGCGGUUGGAUGUUUUCUUACACGUGGAUGCUUGUGGAUCAACUGGGAAGAGGGAUACAAAGCUUUUGACGAACUCCAGUUGGAUUCCGAGUGGAGUUUGAAUGCUGGAGGCUGGAUGUGGGUAUCGUGCAGCUCCUUUGUUCAUGGCAGCGUGCCUUGGUAUUGUCCUGUAGAAGCUGCUAAAAGGCUCGAUCCUUGUGCAAGAUAUAUUAGGCGAUACGUACCUGAAGUUCGCCAUCUUCCAGCGCAGUACAUGUUCGAGCCAUGGAAAGCUCCCCUCAAGGUCCAAAUCGCUGCACGAUGUGUGGUAGGGUACGACUACCCUGAACCUAUGUGUGACCACCGCGUACAAAGAAAGAUUUGCGUGGAAAGGCUUAAGGUCAUCAGUCGAGACCUUAACACACGAACUCACAACACGAUUCACUGGUUUAGAAAAGACCUUCGUCUUCACGACAACCCUUCGUUGCUCAAAGCCUUGAAGGACAGUAAGACGCUCUAUGGCGUGUACUUCCUUGAUCCACAACUUCUCAAGGGAACUACCAAGGUCUCACCCAAGMGGGUUGUCUUUUUACUGCAGUGUCUACGCAACCUCGACAACAACCUCAAACGCAAUGGGUCGCGAUUAUUUGYGAUCCAAGGACGACCAUUUGAGCAAUUCCCACGUAUUUUCAAGGACUGGGAUAUAACGAGGCUGAGCUUCGAGUCGGAUCUCGAUCCACACGCGCGUACCCGUGACACAGCGAUACGGAACUUAGCCGAGAAGAGCAGCAUUGAGGUGAUUUCUGAAAUCUCUCACACACUUUUUGAUGUCAAUGAAGUGUUGAACGCUAACCAGAAAGAAACUCCGAUGACUCUGGAUUAUUUUGAGCUGGUUGCUGCUUCCCUGAAGGUGCCUGAUCCAGUUACUACUAUUGAUGGGGGCGUGCUUGACGGCUGCAUGACUUUGGUCGAGCGUGACCACGACGUUAAGUAUGGUGUGCCCGACAGCUCAUACAUUGGACUUAAAGAAACAUACAAAACGGCUUGUUCUCCUUUUAAAGGUGGAGAAACAGAGGCUCUUGUGCGUCUUGACAAAGCCAUCUUAAAGAUGAAGAACUCCAAGUUCACAGAGACUGCUAAGGUCGAUGCUAGCUGUUUCUUGGCAUCAGAUGAAGCUCUCAGUCCUUAUAUGAGGUUUGGUUGCUUAUCRCCGAGACUUUUCUACCAGAGAAUAACCACUGCCUACAGAGAGGUGACAGGACAGUCCCCUCCAUUACCUGUUUAUCGAAAACUACUCCAAAGAGAAUUCUUUUUCGUGACGGCCAGUUCCAACCCUGAGCUACAAAAAAUGAAAAACAACUCCCUGUGCUUGCAGUUACCAUGGGAACAGAACAAUCCUGCGCUGCAACGCUGGAAACAAGGCACCACAGGUUUCCCAUGGAUCGACGCCAUCAUGCGCCAACUCCGUCAGGAAGGUUGGAUUCAUCACGUGGCUCGAGAGGCGGUUGGAUGUUUUUUGACACGCGGAUGCUUGUGGAUCAACUGGGAAGAGGGAUACAAAGCUUUCGACGAGCUCCAGUUGGAUUCGGAGUGGGGCAUGAAUGCCAGCUGUUGGAUGUGGUUGUCGUGCAGUACCUACAUCAAGGGAUCGGUUCCUUGGUAUUGUCCCGUAGAGGUAGCCAAGAAGAUGGACCCGGCAGGAGAUUAUAUCAAGAAAUUCGUACCGGAAGUGCGAAACCUUCCAACAGAAUACAUCUUCGAACCUUGGAAGGCUCCCCUCGAGGUACAGGAAAAGUCGGGGUGCAUUGUGGGUAAAUCCUACCCAUAUCCGGUGUGCGACCACAUUGAACAACGUCUUAUCUGUGUGGCAAGACUCAAGCAGUUCAAGACGAUGCUACUAAGGUCUGGUUAAGUUUUCCUUGAUCUCUCUUUUCCUCUUUGUCUAUAUAAUACUACUUAUAUUAUAAUCAUGACAAAGACAUUUUUCAGGCACCGAUUUUAAGAGUGAAUCAAGAGAAUAUUAAGUAUUCAUAUUCUCUUGGAGUGAAUGCAUAAAUACGAAUUUAAUAGUUUUAAAGAUUUCUAAACAUCYUCGUAGUUGAGUCCUAAAUAGUCACGUUUUUGAACGAUUCUACAAUUAAAUGCAUAAAUGUAGAUUAACUAAAUAGAUUUUUAAAGAAUUCUAAACAUUCUUGUAGUUAUCCUUAUUAAUUUAAUGUACUUGAUAUGUCUUUCCGCUGUGAUUAAUGACGUGUUUGUACCGGCCGUGGAUUGCUGUGGUAGGACUCCACGAACAGUGGGUAUAUAUCUAAAAAAAUCUGUAUUUCUUGAUUCAAUUUUAAAACUAAGUUUUACUAGUAUUUAACGUUGGCCAAGUUAGAAGAAAAAAACACUUAAACGAUAACUACACCAACAUACAAUGAUCAUGCACAAGAAGUACUUAAAAACGUAARCAAGGACUAAUAAGGUACUCCAUGUUAAACCUGUGAAAAAAACUAAUAUAUACCAUUCAAUAAGGUGAAUAAAUGAAAGAUAAAAGUUCAA